AUGCAAGGUAGCAGAGGCAAGCGCAUAUUGGAACUUGUGAAAAAUGCAAAAUCUGAAGAAAAUCUUGAAAAAAAUCGCGGAAAUUAUCCUAAAAUAGUGGUACAUUCAAAUAUUGCUUUAAAAGGCCAAGAAACAAUUAAACCAAUCGCCUCUACAUCUCAUUUGAAUAAGGCUAGUGAAGCACCUGCACCUGCUGCAAUAACAUGUGAUUCAAUCCCCUCGACAAGUAAACUAAACUUGCCUGAUAGGCAUACCCGAUGGCAUGCUAUCGAAGAUUCUAUGUCCGACAAAAGUGAGGAAGAUGCUGUAGAUCCAUAUGAAGGGAGUGAUAGCAGAGAUAAAGACUACAAUCCGAAGGACGACCUGGAUACUGAUAAUGAUGCUGAAGAGCUAUCCGAAGAUGAACUUACAGCGAAAGCUCCUCAGAAUGUUGAAUGUACUCAGUGCAGGUUUAAAUGUUCUGACAAUUUUUCGGAAGAGGAAAGGGUUCAAUUGUGCUCCAGUUACUGGCAGUUAGAAGUUUAUUCAAGAAAAAAAGACUUUAUUCUGCAAAAUGUUAAAGCUAAUGUACCACAAAGACAACGACAUCGUAACGAUAAUGCCAAAUCCCGCACCAAUGCCAAAGAAUUUCAUUUUUUAAAAAAUGGUAUAGCCACAAGAGUAUGUCAAAAGUUUUUUUUGAAAACACUUUCCAUAAGUAACGGACCUUUAAACAAAGCCUUUCAAAAGAAAAAUGACACAACAGGGUUGUACAAUGGAGAUGAUAAGCGAGGCCUGCAUAUUCCCUCUAAUAAAACCACCCCUGAAGAUAAGCAAAUUAUUAAAAAUCAUAUCGAAAGUUUUCCUCUAACAGAGUCACAUUAUUGUAGAAAAUCUUCAGAGAGAAAAUAUUUGGACGCGACAUUGUCUAUUGCUAAAAUGUACUCUUUAUACAAAGAAUUAUGUGAAAAAGAGGGUUACAUUCCAAAAAGUAUAACAACAUACAAGCGAACUUUUUGCCAAGAAUAUAAUUUUUCAUUUUUUAAACCACGCAAAGACCAGUGUGCAGUUUGUAUGAAGUACCAAGAUGCAAAUGCUGAUCAAAAAGCUGCAUUGGAAAUUUCAUUUAAUGAACACAAACAACGUGAGCUCGACGCAAAUGAAUCCAAAAAAUUUGAUAAAGAAAGGGCAAUCAAGGAGGCUAAUUUUGUUACCGCAACAUUUGACUUACAAAGUGUGCUUCAGAUCCCCAGUAGCGAUGUUUCGCCCAUGUACUACAGCCGAAAAAUAUGUGCUUACAAUCUGACCAUUUAUGAAGGGGCCCCACCCAAUAAUGCUUUUUGUUUUACGUGGACGGAAGUUAAUGGAGCUAGAGGAAGUUUGGAAAUAGCAACUUGUCUUUUUCAGUACCUCAGAAACUUACCAAAUCACGUAACAGACGUUUCUUUUUUCUCAGAUACAUGUGGUGGGCAAAAUAGGAACCAAAACGUCCUAGCAAUGCUAUAUUAUUUUGUGCAUUACGGCGGUAACCAAAUUGCUACAAUCGAACAGAAAUUUCUUGAAUCGGGGCAUUCUAUGAUGGAAUGUGAUAGUAUGCAUAGUGCUAUAGAGAAACAAAAAAGAUACUUAGCUGUGUAUACCCUUAAUGAUUGGAUAAACAUUUUCAAAAUGGCCCGAUCGAAACGAGGUAAGAAAAAAAAUGACCCGUACAUUGUUACAGAACUAAAAUACAGCGAUUUCAUUGAUUUAAAAGCUAUUUCACUCACACUCUUAAAAAACAAAACUGUCAACACGCAAGGUGAGAAAGUAAAAUGGCUACAAAUAAAGUGUUUUCGAAUAGAGAAAGAUUGUCCACGAAUAAUAAAAUACAGGUAUAGCCAUAAAGGCGAUUACCUUAGCCUAAACAUCGGCGGCCGGGGCAGACCUUCAGCUACAGCGACCACGUCAUUACCCAAUGUACGUAAUGCAUAUUCAUCAAUGCUUCCAAUUUCGGUGCAGAAAUACCAAGAUCUCAAAAAGCUGUGCAAUUCAGGGGUUAUUCCAAUAGAAUUUCAUCAUUGGUAUUUAUCACUGCCGACAUCAAAAGCUGUCAUAAACAAAAAUCCAGAGCCAAGUGUUGAAAGUGAAAGUGAGAUUGACUUGUCAGUUAUUUUGAAUAAAGUUUCAUUCAAUUUACCAGUAGAAGUCGUUUUAACAUAA